GCAGCCUCCCCGAUGAGACCCGGCCUGCCGCAGUCAAUGAUGGACCCCUUCAGGAAGCGCCUGCUGACCCCCCAGGCACAGCCGCCGCUGGCCACCCAGAGGAGAGGGGUGAAAAGGAGGAAGAUGGCUGACAAGGUCCUGCCGCAGAGGAUCCGGGAACUGGUCCCAGAAUCCCAGGCCUAUAUGGACCUCCUCGCCUUUGAGCGCAAGCUGGACCAAACCAUCGCUCGGAAGAGGAUGGAGAUUCAGGAGGCCAUUAAGAAACCGCUAACGCAAAAGCGGAAGCUGAGGAUUUACAUCUCCAACACUUUCACCCCAGCCAAAGAAGAAGGGGAGGGUGGUGAGCGCGUGGCCUCCUGGGAGCUACGUGUGGAGGGCAAACUGCUGGAGGACCCGAGCAAGCAGAAGAGGAAGUUCUCCUCCUUUUUCAAGAGCCUCGUCAUCGAGCUGGACAAAGAGCUGUACGGGCCAGACAACCAUCUGGUGGAGUGGCACCGGCUGCCCACAACCCAGGAGACCGAUGGCUUCCAAGUGAAGCGUCCCGGCGAUGUCAAUGUGAAAUGCACUCUGCUGCUCAUGCUGGAUCACCAGCCACCACAGUACAAACUGGACCCUCGCCUGGCUCGCCUGCUCGGGGUGCACACCCAGACCCGCGCCAGCAUCAUGCAGGCGCUCUGGCUCUACAUCAAGCACAACAAGCUGCAGGACAGUCACGAGAAGGAGUACAUCAACUGCAACCGCUACUUCCGCCAGAUCUUUAACUGCGUCCGCAUGCGCUUCUCUGAGAUCCCCAUGAAGCUGGCGGGGCUCCUGCAGCACCCAGAUCCCAUCAUCAUCAACCACACCAUCAGCGUGGACCCCAAUGACCAGAAAAAGACGGCCUGCUACGACAUCGAUGUGGAGGUGGAUGAUCCUCUGAAAGCUCAGAUGAGCAACUUCCUGGCUUCCACCACCAACCAGCAGGAGAUCGCCUCCCUGGACGCCAAGGUGCGGGGACCCAGUGGGGACCUAGCCAGGGUGGCAGCAGGACACAUCUUCGCCAAGGUCCAGCAGCGUCGGCAGGAACUGGAACAAGUGCUCGGGAUCCGCCUCACCUAA